AUGCUUAAAUUUCACAAACACCCUCUCAUUAUUUUCCAUUACAAAUUCACUCCUCCUCUGUUCUUGCACCACUCCGCCGCACCCAUCGCAGAAUCUUGCUUACAGAACCAAACACUUCUUUCCUCAAUCGAAAAAUGCUCGUCAAUGAGUCAACUCAAAGCCAUCCACGCGCAAAUCAUCCUCCGUGGCCAAACGGACGACACCAUCGCCCUCAGCAAACUCGUCUCGUUCUCUGCACUGUCUUCUUCCGGCAACCUCCAAUACGCACACCACCUGUUCGACGAAAUUCCCCUUCCGAAUCGGCACAUGUACAACACCUUAAUAAGAGCCUCCGCCGAUAGAAAAAACUCUAACAAGGCGAUUUCGCUCUACCAAAAGAUGGUGUCUUGUGGUAUUUCUCCAAAUGAAUUCACCUUCCCUUUUAUUCUGAAAGCUUGUGCCUUUCAGAAGGCGUACGUCGAGGGGGUUUCAGUUCAUUCACAGGCUCUGAAAUCGGGGUUUACCGAGUCCCACGUAUGCGUGCAAAACGGGUUUAUAGCUUUCUACGUUGGUUGUGGGAAAAUCGAAUGUGCAAGAAAAAUCUUCGACUCUAUCGAGUUCAAAACUCUAGUCACGUGGAACUCAAUGAUCGGUGGUUACGCCAAAACGGGUCGAUGGGAGAACGCAUUUGUGCUGUUUGAUGAAAUGAGGGAACGAGAAUUAGAGCCGGACGGUCAUACAUUCGUCAAUUUGAUCUCGGUUUGUUCGAGAAUCUCUGGUCUGAAAUUGGGGAGGCUUGUUCAUUGGUAUAUCGAAAUUAACGGGGUUUUUGCCGAUAGUUUUGUGCAAAACGCGCUUCUUGAUAUGUAUGCUAAGUGCGGGUAUUUGCGUAUGGCGGAGGCAGUUUUUUCACGAAUGGUUGGUAAAAACGUAGUUUCGUGGACCUCCAUGGUUACCGCAUAUGCUAAACAUGGAUUAGUCGAGUUAGCUAAGACAACCUUUGACCAAAUGCCCAUAAAAAACGUGGUUUCUUGGAAUUCAAUGAUCUCGUGUUAUCACCAAAACGGCUACUACAAAGAGUCUCUUGAAUUGUUUUACAGAAUGCUCGAUUCUUGUAUAAUUCCCGAUGAGACCACAUUAACUAGUGUUCUUUCAGCUUGUAGUCAACUCGGUGAUUUAGUUACAGGAAAGAAGUUGCACGAAUAUAUCCGUGGCAACAUCGUGCUACCUAGUGUGACACUAUCGAACUCCCUUGUAGACAUGUACGCAAAAUGUGGCUCCGCAGAAACCGCACUGGAUAUCUUCCGGAACAUUCCGGAGAAGAACACCGUUUCUUGGAAUACAAUAAUCAACGCCCUCGCAUUACACGGUUUCGGUUAUAGAGCAAUCGAGCUCUUUCAAGAAAUGGAGGGUUCAAAUAGGAGGAUAAUAAUAAAACCCGACGCACUUACAUUCACCGCUUUGCUUUCCGCGUGUUGUCACUGCGGGCUAGUCGAAACCGGGAGAUACUUAUUCGAUAAAAUGGGUCGUAUUUAUAAAAUAAACUAUGAAAUCGAGCAUUAUUCUUGCAUGAUUGAUAUACUUGGGCGCGGGGGGUUAUUAGACGAGGCGCUUGAGUUAGUUGGGAGAAUGGAAAUGAAGCCGGAUGUAGUUAUUUGGGGUGCUUUGCUCGGGGCGUGUAGAAUCCACCGGAAUGUUCUAAUUGCCGAGGUUGUCUUAAAGCAGUUGCUCGAGAUGGAAGCGUGUGUCGGUGGGUUGUAUGUGUUGAUGUCGAAUAUAUUCGGCGAAGCGAAAGAAUGGGAUAAAGUGAGGAAGAUGAGGAAAUUAAUGAAGGACAAUGGUGUAAGAAAGAUCGACGCGGUUAGUUCGAUCGAAGUUUGCGGCCGCGUUUCUGAUUUUACGGUUGGUGAUAAUCGACACGAGGCUUCGGAUUGUAUUUAUAUUAUGCUCGAUCAAAUUAAGAAUCGGUUGGAGUGUGAUGAAGAAGUUUUAGAUGAUGUGGAGAUUUAAUUUGUUGGUAAUUAAGUUUUGCUCUGUUUUGAGAAGAUUAAAAUAGAAAGGGCAAAUUACGCCACCCUCAUGAGGUAAGGUCAAAUUACGAAAAACCCUCGCUUGUUUGCA